UGUCGUUUCUGCAGUUGGAAAACCUAGUGAAUACUGAAUAGUGAUAGUUGGGCGACAUGGCGAAGAAGCGAAAUCAGCGAUCAGGUACCAGUGACGGUAGUCGCCAGAACCGAGUCCGAUCAUCUUCGGCUUCGGAACGAGACCAGCGGGCUGACUCGGUUUCCGGUCACACCAAAUUCAUUGGCUUCUUCAUCUUGUCUUCUAUCAUUGCCGUCGUCACUUACAGGUGGAGACAAUCUUCUCAUUCGCAAUAUCCAGAUUCUUAUGUGUAUCAACAAGGCCUUGUCACAACCGAAGUUAAUUACCAACAUGUACUCAUUGAGAAUUCGAAAGUAUCAGAAAAUAUCUCUCAGCGUCAUUAUACUUAUCCUGUGCUUGCCUACGUUACUCCCUGGAAUUCUCAAGGUUAUGAGUUGGCAAAAAGGUUCAACUCGAAGUUUACGCAUUUAUCACCCGUCUGGUAUGAUUUAAAGAGCCAACAGACUAGCUUAGUUCUAGAGGGGAGACACAAUGCUGACAGAGGAUGGAUCUCAGAGCUUAAAAAGACAGGAGAAGCUUUGGGUUGCAGUGGAGUUUAUGACAUUUUGCCUAGAGUUGUUCUGCAAGCAUCACCAGCUGUGCUGUUGAGAAAGGAAAAACAAAGGAAGAAAGCCAUUAACCUUAUAGUAACUGAGUGCAAGGAAAUGGGAUAUGAUGGUAUUGUUUUAGAAUCUUGGUCAAGGUGGGCAGCUCAUGGUAUCUUGCAUGAUCCAAACAUGCGGAACUUGGCAUUGCAGUUUGUAACACAGCUUGGAGAUGCACUUCAUUCUACAAGCUCAGAGAAAAAUAAUGGACAGCAGCUGCAGUUGGUCUAUGUUAUAGGUCCACCAUCUUCUGAGAAGCUGCAAGAGCACGACUUUGGUCCGAAAGAUCUUGAGACUUUAAGUGAAGCUGUGGAUGGAUUCUCGUUAAUGACAUACGACUUCUCUAAUCCCCAUAACCCUGGUCCAAAUGCACCUUUGAAAUGGAUUCAAAUUGUUCUACAGCUGCUUCUUGGUACUAGCAAUAGAGCCCAACGCCUUGGCCCAAAGAUACUUCUUGGCAUCAACUUCUAUGGAAACGAUUUCUCCCUUUCAAGGGAUGCAGGUGGCGGAGCUAUUAUUGGGAGAGAUUACCUAGCGCUUUUGGAGACGCACAGGCCUGUUCUACAGUGGGACAAGAAUAGUGGAGAGCAUUUUUUCUUUUACGCUGACGACAAGGAUGUCAGGCAUGCGGUAUUCUAUCCAUCUUUAAAGUCAAUUUUUUUGAGGUUAGAGGAAGCCCGAACAUGGGGAUGUGGCAUCUCCAUCUGGGAAAUCGGCCAAGGUUUGGAUUACUUUUUAGACCUUUUGUGAAAGACCACGGUGUACCCUGUUUUUAUGCCAUGUUAAUGUUUAUGUGUAAGUAUUCGGUAUAAUCGAAAUCUACUUUGGUUAAAAUUGGAUUCUAUUUUUUCAAGUCUAGUUUGAGUAAUG